AUGUUGGUGACUUUAAAAACAUUACAACAACAAACAUUUCAAAUUGAAAUUGACCCCGAUGAAACAGUAAAAGCAUUGAAGCUUAAAAUUGAGGUUGAAAAAGGUAAAGAUUAUGCGGCAGAUAAUCAAAAACUUAUUUAUGCGGGUAAGAUUCUUCUCGACGAUAACAAACUAUGUACGUAUAAUAUAGAUGAAAAGAAAUUUAUCGUUAUUAUGGUAACGAAACCUAAAUCAUCUGACAAUCAACAAGCGUCAUCUACCUCUGCACCCGAAGCAGGAGAAAGUGCAUCAACGGAAAGUGGGGAUGGUAAAAAUAAAACCUCAGAAGAAACACCUGCACCUGCUCCAGUUGUCGAAGCUGAACGUGCGGCCGAACCAGCGGUUGCGGCUAGUGAACUUGAUUUUGAAUCCACUGUUCAAAGCAUAAUGGAUAUGGGCUAUAACAGGCAGCAAGUUGAACAAGCUCUCCGCGCGUCAUUUAAUAAUCGCGAGAGAGCCGUGGAAUAUUUGAUCACAGGAAUUCCUGAAGAAUUACUACAGGAGCAAGAAGCUGAAGAAAGCUCUGAUGACGAUCCAUUAGGCUUUUUACGAGAUCAACCUCAAUUUCAGCAAAUGCGUGCGGUGAUUCAGCAGAAUCCUAACUUAUUGAACACUGUAUUACAGCAAAUUGGUCAAAGUAAUCCAGCACUUUUGCAAGCAAUAAGUCAGCACCAACAAGCUUUUGUUAGAAUGCUUAAUGAACCUGUAAGUACUCCAAGUGCUGGAGCUGCAGCUGCUGAUGAUGCUGCUGCUGUAGAGAAUCCUCCCCCGCAACAACCUCAAAAUGUUAUACAAGUGUCACCUCAAGACAAAGAAGCUAUCGAACGGUUAAAAGCUUUGGGUUUUCCUGAACAUAUGGUUAUACAAGCUUAUUUUGCUUGUGAAAAGAAUGAAAACCUGGCAGCAAACUUUUUGCUGUCUCAAAACUUUGAUGAU